AUGGAAGGUUCAAAACCCCUGGGGCCCUAUGGACACCCCUGCCCUCGGUGUCUCCCAGCUCCAGCCUCGAGCAGUCAUGGAGGAUGCCUGGAUCAGCCCUGCCAGGGAUUUGUAAGAUGGCCCUGUCUGAUCCCCUUUUCUUCCAAUCCAUCACUGGAAUCUGCCAGACCUUUCCCAGCUCCAGGGACAGGGAAUGAGGGGCCCAGGGUGGGAGGAGAGGCAACUGAGGUCUUUCUGUCAAAUGAAGAAGGAGAGCUGUCAUGACAGAGAGCUCAAGAGCCAGCAGAACCCAGACAAGGAGAUGUGGAGGCUGGAGUGGAGUGGGGUUGGCCCCUAAGCUCAGGACAAGAGCAGGCAUCACACAGGCAGGCAGGGUCCCCCACCCCAGGAUCCAGGUCCUGCCUAUGCCCAACCCUGCCUUCUGGAGGAGGGGCCCCAGUCUCACCCAGGCCAGCUCCCACGAAACUCCAGGGUAGGUCCCUGGGGUCCACAGAACAGUCCUUUCUGCAGCUGGAGCAGGAAAAUCACAGCCUGAAAAAGCAGAACCAGGAUCUUCGGGAGCAGCUGGGAGCCCUCCUGGGCCCAGGGCAGCAGUUCCUGCCCCUGUGUGCUGAGCACUCAAGCUGCACAGCUAUGGUCUGGUCCUCUGAGGCAGACAACACCCGGCCCCUGGAAGACAGGGCAUCUGUGCAACUGUCGUGUCCAGAGCUGUGCCGGGGGGAAGAGUCCUUUGUGCAGCAGUCCCAGAAUGAGCUGCAACAGAUCCGACUGUCUUUUGAGAGGAAGAAGAUGGCCAUCACUGAGGUGUGGGACGGUGUGGCUGAGGUACACAUGGCUCUAAACAAUCAGGCCACUGGGCUCCUGAACCUCAAGAAGGACAUCCAGGGAGUGCUGGAUCAGAUGGAGGACAUUCAGCUGGAGGUUCUGGGGGAGAGAGCCCAUUGUCGCACUCAGACCCGGAAGGAACAGCAGAUGUCAUGCAUGAAGAAAGGUGGGCCACAGCUGAGAUGUUCUGAGGGCCUAAAGAGCCAGCUCUGGCUACUGGCCUUGAGGCUAUUGCUGGGUACCCUGCUGGCCUGCACUGCAGCCUAUGUGUAUGUGGUGGAUCCUGCGCCCUUCGAGGGGCUAGUACCACCCCUGCUGAGCCGAGCCGCUGUCUGGAAGCUCAGAGCCCUUCUAAGCCCCUUCUUGCACCUCGAGGUGGACGACUUCCUGCCCUUCUAG